AUGUCAUUGUUUCGGUUGCCUUGCUGGGUGGUCAAGCGCAUCGACCAAAUUAGGCGUGACUUUCUGUGGUCAGGAUCUGACUUGGAACAUCCCGGGUGUCGAUUGGUGAGCUGGACAAACUUGUGUCGCCCGCACGACCAGGGUGGUUGGGGCAUCCUUGGAAUUGACACUUUUAAUCAGGCGCUGCUGAGGAAAUGGUGGUGGAAAUUCUUAACUUUUCCCGGUUGGUGUGGGUCGGAGGUUAUUCAAUUUAAUUAUGGGAUGAAUCGCUGGAAUAUGUUCCCCAGGCUUACUAGUCGGAUCUCUUUUUUCUGGAAAGGUGUUCUUAAUUGCCUGCCGGCGUUUCGUAGCUGUAUUGCACAUAAUGUUCAGUCGGGAUGGGAAACGCUUUUUUGGAAAGAUCAAUGGCUUGACGGUAGAGCUCCUAGGUUCCUGUGGCAGGAUAGGUUUGCCAGUUGCCUUCACCCUAACGGUUCAAUCCGGGAACUGAGUGCUCUGUUGGAGCAGCCUCCGUUCGUUUGUUCUCCUUUGCUGAAUCUGAUCAGAGAUACUUUGAGGGCCCCUAACAGUUCUGCACCUGACAAGAAAAUUUGGAGGCUUACCGGUAAUGGCGCGUUCUCUGUGAAAUCUUUCUAUUACUUCAUUUGUGAUGGGGGUGUGCGUUGUCCUGUCGCGAAGUUCUUCUGGAGUAGCAUCUGCCCAAAGAAGAUCAACCUCUUCAAUUGGCUAGCGUGGAAGGACAAAAUUCUGACAUUGGAAAACCUGGCCAAACGAAGAUGCAACCGCCCGCCCUCAUCGCUACUGCAAGUGCUUUUGUCAUGA